AAAACCCGACCAAUCCCCAAGCGCGGAAGCCAAAGGAUCCGGACAACGAACGAGAGCACGAGAGGAGCUCGCCUCGGCCGGUGCCCCGCGACGACGACCUCCUCCUCCUCCUCGGCUCCGCCGUCAAACCACCUCACCGCCGCCGAGAACCGCCGAAAGGCCACCACCACCUCCCAAAAGGCGCCCACCUUUCCGCCGCCCAAAUCCGCCUUUUCCCCAUCCCCAAGCCCCGCCGCUGCUCCCUCCGUUGGCGGGCGUCGUCGCGAGGAGGGGGCGAGGAGGCGCCGCGGCGGCGAUUGUUCGCGGGAUGAGCUUCGGCGGCGGCAGCUCCGUUGCGUCCGGUGCGAAGAGGCCGUUCGAGUACGGGAGGACGCAUGUGGUGAGGCCCAAGGGCACGCACAAGGCCACCAUCGUCUGGCUCCACGGCCUCGGGGACAAUGGAGCCAGUUGGUCCCAACUAUUGGAAACUCUUCCCCUUCCAAAUAUAAAAUGGAUAUGCCCAACCGCGCCUACAAGACCUGUGUCACUAUUUGGCGGAUUCCCUUCUACAGCAUGGUUUGAUGUUGCUGAUCUUUCAGAGGAUGCUCCUGAUGACAUUGAGGGGCUGGAUGCCUCAGCAGCACAUGUUGCAAACUUAUUGUCAACUGAACCUGCUGACAUCAAACUUGGUGUUGGUGGGUUUAGCAUGGGUGCUGCUACUGCUCUUUACUCUGCAACUUGCUUUGCUCAUGGAAAAUAUGGAAAUGGCAAUCCAUACCCUGUGAACCUAAGUUUGGCCGUUGGUCUUAGUGGCUGGCUUCCAUGUGCCAGGACCUUGAAGAACAAAAUUGAAGCCUCACAAGAGGCUGCACAGAAGGCUUCAUCCAUACCUCUUUUUCUCUGUCAUGGAAAAGCUGAUGACGUAGUUCUCUACAAGCAUGGGGAGAGAUCCGCUGGUGCCUUGAAGUCAACUGGAUUUUCCAAGGUGGCCUUCAAGUCGUACAAUAGUCUUGGACACUACACCGUUCCAGAGGAGAUGGACGAAGUCGGCAAAUGGCUUACAGAAAACUUGGGGAUCGGCACUUCGUCAUCUUAAUUGAAAAAUGCUACGAGAAAGACUCGCGUAGUGCUGUCCAAAUAAUACCUGUUGUUAUUCCAAAAAUUCAAGGGAUAAAUGGUUUAAUAGCAAACUUGGGCUCGGGUAUACGGCCAUGUUGUAGCUUUUCAUUACGCAAGACUUGUCUCGGUGAAUCUUGUACGCUUGAAAUUUCCAUAAUUUGGUCUGUGUUUCCCUCUGGAGUGACA